CCUUCCCCUUUUUCACUCCGUUAAAGUGUGGAGGGCGCUCAGCAGAUGGGUGCUGCUUUACUUCUCCUUUGUGACCAAACCCGGUGCUGCGCUGCAUACAGCAGUGCAUCGGGAGGCGUUUUUCAAGUGUGAAGAUUCUCUUUAACCUGAGUACUUACAAGUGAGAGAUCCUCAUCAUGGCUGAACUAUCACCUGAGGAAAUUCAGCUGAGGGCCAACCAGGUCACUGAUGAGUCUUUGGAGAGCACAAGGAGAAUUCUUGGCUUGGCCAUUGAGUCCCAUGAUGUUGGCAUCAAGACUAUCACCAUGCUGGAUGAACAAGGCGAACAACUAAAUCGCAUAGAAGAAGGCAUGGACCAGAUAAAUAAGGACAUGAGAGAAGCUGAGAAGACAUUGACAGAGCUCAACAAAUGUUGUGGACUCUGUGUCUGUCCUUGCAACAGGACAAAGAACUUUGAGUCUUCCAAAGCAUACAGAGCAACCUGGGGAGAUGGAACAGAGAACACAGCAGAUCAUGUGAUAUCCAUGCAACCAAGAAGCAUAAAUCAUCAGCAGCAACAAAAUUCUAGAGGACCAAGUGGUGGAUACAUUACAAGGAUAACAAAUGAUGCCAGAGAAGAUGAAAUGGAUGAGAAUCUUACUCAAGUAGGAAACAUUCUUGGGAAUUUAAAAAAUAUGGCUUUGGAUAUGGGCAAUGAGAUUGAUGCACAGAAUAAGCAAAUAGACCGGAUAAAUGUAAAGGCAGAUACAAAUAGAGAUCGCAUCGAGCAAGCCAACAUCAGAGCGAAGAAACUCAUUGACAAUUAGAACCUGUUGUAGUUGUUCAGUGACAUUCUCUCCAUCUUCAAGCCACCAUAUUUAUGGAUCUGUGAAACUUCUCUACUCUGAAAUAAGAGGGGGCUGGGAAUAAUGGGAAAAAAAUACCUUUUCUAUAGGUUUUGUUUUUUUUUUUAAUUACUUCAUGUGAUCAUGAUUUCUGACUCCAAGAAAGUUGUCAACAUAAUUUCUUUCUACUCAUUUGCCUUCACUUUCUUAAACUGCUCAGGGCUGAAAGUGUCAUGGCUUUGAGAUCCUUCCUGCAUGUUUUACUCUCCUUCCCAGUCUCUUUUCUUGCAUCCAAAAUACAAUUCAUUACUGAAGUUGAAUAAGCAGGGUAACGUGAAUUCACAGUUGUGGAAAGCUGGAGAGGGCACUUUUCACUGUUUGAAAUACCUCAUAAGUUGAGUGUCUUCACUAAAAUAGGGACUUGGUGAGUAUUGUUUGACUUGUGUCUCUAAGCAGGCUAACCAUGGUUUUGCAGUUCAAACCACAACUGGUUUGGGGUUGGGCUUAUGGGCUGCAAAAUUCAAGUGGCCCACUAAUAACUACUGGGUUGAGGGCUUUAAAAACACUUAUUAAACACACAGACUUUAAUGUAAAGUUAACUGGUGGUAUACAGAUUUCCAUUUCUUUACUGUAAAUUGACAUUUGGAGGCCAUGACUAGUAAAUAAUGUUGCAUUUUUCUAGUAAUGUUUGUGGUAUGUGUUGAUGUAGCUGAUCUAAGACCUAUGUGCAUGUGAAUAGAUCAUAAUAUAUAAAAAAAAAUAAUCCCUGAAGCAUUUAUUUGACAGAAAACUGUGUCCACCUUCUGAAAGUAUUUUUUUAAUUUAAUGUUUUUUACAUUUAAUGCAUGUAUGUUAACUGGGAGGAUCUGAACAGAAAUAGAGUAGAAAAGCAUGCAGCUUUCUAGUAUCCUGUACUGUAUUUAUUCUGGUUUGGCUAGUUCUCACUGAAGUUCAGUUUGGGCCUUUCUCCACUGAAACAGGAUGACUGAGAUUGAAUGUGGUUUGUCCUCAUCAGUGACUAUAGGGGAGUUUGUUAAAAACACCAAAAGCAAAGAUCAGCUCGUUAUGAAACUUCUUUGUCAUGGGCCUGGAAGAAGCAGUAUACAUAUAUAGGAUCUUUUUUCUAGUUCUGAAUAAGCUAGUACUGAAUAGAUUCCUAACUAGUUUAUUAUUUCAGGCUUUGGGACUGGCAGCUGGAAAUACUCAAAGUCUCGGUUGCUUUAAACUAAAAAUUUCCUCUUCUGCCAUAGAAUAGAAGACCAUCUGAGUGGAGGUACAGCUGUCCUCUUUAGAAGAGGAAAAACAUCUUGGUUUGACUGUGAUAUAACCAGACUUACUCCCAGGGCUUUUGACAGUCCAUGAGUAUCUUGUAACCAUUAAUAGUAAAUCCUAGGGCUAAAGAGAUUAUUGUAAUCUGCUGAAAUGGAAGAUGAACAAUGUAAUGUGUUUGGUUUCCAGUAGAAAUACAACUGGUGUACAGUUUAUUAACUAGUAUAUUCUCAAUUUGUUCCCAGUACAACCCGAUAAACAAAAAUCAAAGAAAACAACUAACCAAAGGAUGGAGAUGCUGCAUGUGGUGAACUGGCAGUGAUAGAUGGUCUUGUGUAAGACACCAUCACUUUUAGAGGGUCUUGUUACUUAAGUGCUAGGUAUUGGCUUCUGGCAGUUCUUGGAAAGAUAAUGAAUUAGAAAAGUGUAUCUGCUUCUGUUGGUAAUGCUUAAAAACACAAGUAGCAAAAAAAAGAACAUAUAGUAAAUUUCUAAUAACCUUUUGUGAGGGAAAGAAUCAGGGAUUAAAAUUUGUGACAUUUUGGGGUGUUUUUUCCUUCCUGCAAACUUCAGGUUAAUUGAAGGAAUAUUUGCUGCUGAUCAUGAAAGAAAAGCAUGCAUUAUUUGUGAUCGUCUCCUGGAACAGGAAGCUAAAGCAGUUACCUUGUUGUUCUUAGAACAGUGCACGGCUGCUCUUGAAAGGUUUUUUUCCUUGCUUUUACAAGUCUAUGUUCUUCAUCUUUACUUCCCUGAGCUCUGACCGCAAAUUGGAUAAGAGAGUGUUGUGAUUGGUACACAGAAUCUUAAAUAAAUACUGCAAUGAAUAUCACACAAGAAAAUAAUUUCAGACACUCUAAGCUUGAGUAUUAUGUAAGUACCAAUAUUUUCUGAUGCAGCAAGAGCCAAAUCUGUCAGGGAGCUGAUGCCUUAAUGUAAAUGAACAAUACAUAGUCUUCUUGAAUUAUCUUACUGUUUGUAGAAUAGAUGCUUACUUCCCGUGUUUGUGGAAUGUAAUCAAAACUUGUACAUCUUGAUAUUUCUGAAUACUAUUAAGAAUGAAGGUUUACAGUUUCUGCUUUUGAUUGUUAAACUGCAUAUUGUGCACAAAAUAUAUACUUUUUUAACUGAA